UCAUUCAUCAUUCAUACCACCUUUAAUAUCAUCUCGUGUCAUCAACAUAACAAAAUUUAACAAAUACAUUGAAUUGAAUAAUCAAAUCUCAUCCGAUUCUCUUGUCAUAUUCAAUCACUAAUUCCUAAAGAAAGGGGCCUUCAUCUUUUGGACUAUUAUUUCAAUGGCCUAUGGACUAUUUAAUUCAUAUGAACCAUUUUUACGUCCUAAACCAGUUCCUUGUGGCGUACAGACUUGUCUCUACUUUACAAGUCAUAUCCACAACAAAAGUGGCUUUAUCGUCAGUCAUCUGUUUAAUUUAAGUCCCGAUGAUAAUGGCGAAUCAAUCAUAUUUUGGUUGGUUGAGUCAAAAUUUUUGGCCUAUCAUGAAAAUACUAUUUAUUUCCUAAGCCAAGCUUCGACAUCAACUUCCCAGUUAACAAUCGAACACAGUUUUGUUCCAACAAUUGAACCAGAUUACCGACUUGUAAUACUUGGAAGUGAUAUUUUUCUCACUUAUCGUUUCAUUGAUGGAAACAAACCAAGUCCAUCACCGAACUCAAUUGAUCUGAUUAGGCGUUACAAACUAGAUAUGAACAAUAAACAGCUUCAACAUCUUGAUUCAAUAUCAUUUGCUGCAAAUUUAUUUUCCAAGCUGGACCGUUUUAUCAUUUCUUACGGAACAACCAUUUCAAAUUACUCUUACAUAGCCGGUGCUCGCACUCUUGAUGGAUCGCAUCAAAUGUUUGUUGCUCGAUUGUGUACAAAAUUUUCCCUCAAAUCAUUCGUCGAAAUUUGGAUUUCCGACUCUUUCUUAAAGUCUACGGGGUUUGUACAUUCAUUAGUAAUUGAACCUGAUGAUAUAAAAAACAAAAGACUGUUGAGUGCUUAUCUAGCCGAAGAUAAACUGAUUGUUUUACCGUUGGAUUUUGUCAAGUUUAAUGAAGCAAGGCGACAGUGUGUUUCAGGAACUGGACCUAGCUUAGAAUCUACUUUAUCAUCGACAUUAUUUUCUCCUGGUUGUUCUGCCAAUUCUAUGACAAAUAUCUCAAACGAUGCUUCCAAUUUUGAUUUCUGUAAUGCCAAUCUGUCAGUUGUCCCCAGUGCAAAAGAAAGUCUUUCAUUUUCUUACUGGUCAUCAGACAGGCCAACAGGCCUGACUUUUGUUUAUCUCACCUUUCCUGUUCACGCAUACGUCGUAAUCAAAGUGAAUGCCGAUUUUAGUGUUCAAAAAUGUUUUCUUCAAACUGCUCCAUUUUUUCCUGAUGAAUGGAACUGUGAUUUUCUGGGAAAUAUUAUGCCUUAUGCAAGUCCUUUAAAUAAAUCUUUCCCACCAUUUCUUAAUCCCAAUGAAGGAACCAUUGAAGUACACUCACCCUACCCUAACUUCAUGGUAUCUUAUAAAAUAAUGAAGUGCGCCUAUCUAACUAAUUGUUUAUCCUGUAUUUUAUUUGGUUAUUAUUUCCAUUGUGGCUGGGCUGUUGCAGUUUUUGAAUCAACAUGUCAAUCCAAUGACAAUUUUACCAAUCCAGAAGAGUUUGAUCCUCAAAAUGUCGACAAAUUUAUAACCAUUGAGAAAUGCUUGAAACUAGUCUCGAUUUUUCCAGAUCUUAUCAUUUUAAACUCUCCAAUUGUUCAAUUCACGGUUUCAAUAGAUUUUUAUGAAGAUUUGGCAGACACAGCAGUCCUUAAAGGAUACGAGUUUAUCGUAUUUGUUGCUGGUAAUCCAUGUGUUUCAACAACCAAAUCUAUUGUCACCCAGUCUCUUAAAAAAUCAUUCAUUUUAACCUGUAAUCUCGGCAAAAGAAGAAGAGGAACCUGGCCUGUAACCUUUUCGGUUGGAUCCAAUGAGAAUAUAAAAUUUGCGCCCAAAUUCAUCACUUCUAAUGAGUAUCUUAAUAUUACCAUUGAUGGCGUUCCAAGUUCAUCGUCACGUUCAAGUCGGGAAACAAGAAACUAUUUAACUAAUUUUGCUCAAAUUUUUUUCGUCUUAAUUGUUCUCUUUCUACUCUCACUGAGUUUUAAAAGCCGAGUCAAGAUGCCCCAUGGACCGAAGAAAGUAACGGAAAACAAAUUGGAUCAUAAACGAACUGAACUCUCAACUGUCUUGAUGGUGUCCACCAGAAAACCUUCAAAGAUGGCUUCAAAGAGAUAAUUCAACUCAGCUAUUUAUCAUUGUUAAACAAAUUGAUCUGAUUCCAAUUAAAAUGCCUUAAAAUAAUCAGCCUAAGGUUAUACUCAUAGUUCCUAGAUACAAUAAAGAAAGUGUUUCUUAUAUCAACCUCA